AUGAGCCAACAACAAAAUCCCCCUUACGGCCGCCGCCUUAUCCUCGACAUUAUCAAGGAGCGUGCCCACAACGAGCCCAACCGGGAAUGGGUGUCUGUACCUCGUUCGUCCGACCCCAAAGAUGGGUGGAAGAUCCUCACUUACCUUGACGCCUACAACGGCAUCAACCGCAUCGCGCACAAGCUCACACGGGUCUGCGGUGCUGCCGCGCCCGGCUCUUUCCCGACCGUUGCGUAUAUCGGCCCCAACGACGUUCGCUACCUAGUCUUCGCCCUAGGCGCCGUCAAGGCCGGCUAUCAGGCUCUCUUCAUCUCCACUCGCAACUCCGCCGAGGCCCAGGUGAACCUGUUUGAGCUGACGAACUGCAACGUCCUGGUGUUUGAUCAGAGCUACAAGGCUACCGUCCAGCCAUGGCUACACGAGCGCGAGAUGACUGCGAUUCUGGCGCUUCCCGCUGACGAGUGGUUCCCGGCCGACCAGGAGGACUUUCCGUACAACAAGACCUUUGAGGAGGCUGAGUGGGAUCCCCUGAUGGUGCUGCACACUUCUGGAAGCACUGGCUUCCCCAAGCCCAUCGUGGCCAGGCAGGGUAUGCUGGCUGUAGCGGACCAGUUUCACAAUCUUCCGCCGCGCGAGGACGGCAAGCUCAUGUGGAUCGUGGAGAUGAGCAAGCGGGCGAAGAGGCUUAUGCAUCCUAUGCCUCUUUUCCACGCGGCUGCCAUGUACAUCUCCAUGCUCAUGAUCCACUAUUGGGACACCCCUGCUGCUUUGGGCAUCGGCGAGCGUCCACUGUCUUCCGACCUGGUUCUUGACUACAUCGAGUACGCUGACGUUGAGGGCAUGGUCUUGCCGCCGGCAAUCCUCGAGGAGCUCUCCCAGGACGAGAAAGCUAUCCAGUCCCUCCAGAAGCUCAACUUUGUGUCCUUUGGCGGCGGCAACCUCGCUCCCGAGGCCGGUGACCGCCUGGUCGAGAACAACGUGACGCUCUGCAACCUCAUCUCGGCGACCGAGUUCACUCCCUUCCCCUUCUACUGGCAAUAUGACCAGAAGCUCUGGCGCUACUUCAACUUUGACACGGAGCUCUUCGGCAUUGACUGGCGCCUCCAUGACGGCGAGUCAACUUAUGAACAGGUAAUCGUCCGCAAGGACAAGCACCCCGGUCUCCAGGGCUUCUUCUACACGUUCCCCGACUCCAGCGAGUACAGCACCAAGGACUUGUACAAGCGCCACCCUACCCACGAGGACUUUUGGAUCUACCAGGGCCGCGCCGACAACAUCAUUGUGUUCUCCAACGGCGAGAAACUCAACCCCAUAACCAUCGAGGAGACGCUGCAAGGCCACCCCAAGGUCAUGGGCGCCGUGGUCGUGGGCACGAACCGGUUCCAGCCUGCUCUGAUUAUCGAGCCCGUGGAGCACCCCGAGACCGAGGAGGGCCGCAAGGCUUUGUUGGAUGAGAUCUGGCCCACCGUCGUCCGCGUCAACAAGGAGACGGUCGCCCACGGCCAGAUCGGCCGCCAGUACAUGGCUCUCUCGACCCCCGGCAAGCCGUUCCUGCGCGCGGGUAAGGGCACCGUCCUGCGCCCUGGUACCAUCAACAUGUACAAGGCCGAGAUCGACAAGAUCUACGAGGAUGCCGAGAAGGGCGUUGCCACUGACGAGGUCCCCAAGCUGGAUCUUUCCUCGUCCGACGCCUUGAUCGUCUCUAUCGAGAAGCUCUUUGAGACGUCCCUCAACGCUCCCAAGCUCGAGGCCGACACCGACUUCUUCACGGCCGGUGUCGACUCGAUGCAAGUCAUCACCGCGUCUCGCCUCAUCCGUGCUGGCCUGGCCGCUGCCGGCGUGCACAUUGAAGCCUCGGCGCUGGCCACCCGUGUCAUUUACGGCAACCCCACUCCCAAGCGCCUGGCCGACUACCUCUUGUCGAUCGUCAACAAGGACAGCAACCAGGGCACUUUGGACAACGAGCACCACGUCAUGGAGGCCCUUGUAGAGAAGUACACGCGGGACCUUCCCACCCCCAAGCAGAACAAGCCUGCGCCGGCCGACGAGGGUCAGGUGGUGGUCAUUACCGGCACCACGGGCGGCAUCGGCUCCUACCUGAUCGACAUCUGCUCUUCCUCCCCGCGCGUGUCCAAGAUCAUCUGCCUCAACCGUUCCGAGGACGGCAAGGCGCGCCAGACGGCUUCCUCGUCGGGCCGUGGCCUGUCGACCGACUUCUCCAAGUGCGAGUUCUACCACGCCGACAUGUCGCGCGCUGAUCUCGGUCUCGGCCCCGAGGUCUACUCGCGCUUGUUGAGCGAAGUCGACCGCGUGAUCCACAACCAGUGGCCUGUCAACUUUAACAUUGCUGUCGAGUCCUUUGAGCCUCACAUCCGCGGCUGCCGCAACCUCGUGGACUUUUCGUACAAGGCUGACAAGAACGUGCCCAUCGUUUUUGUGUCUUCGAUCGGUACCGUCGACCGGUGGCACGACGAGGACCGCAUCGUGCCCGAGGCGUCGCUCGACGACCUGUCCCUCGCGGCGGGCGGUUACGGCCAGUCCAAGCUCGUUUCCUCUCUGAUCUUGGACAAGGCCGCCGAGGUGUCUGGGGUGCCGACCGAAGUCGUUCGUGUCGGCCAGGUCGCCGGCCCGUCUUCCGAGAAGGGAUACUGGAACAAGCAGGAGUGGCUGCCGUCCAUCGUGGCCUCGUCCGCCUACCUCGGUGUCCUCCCGGACUCUUUGGGACAGAUGACCACGAUCGACUGGACGCCCAUCGAGGCCAUUGCCAAGCUUUUGCUCGAAGUGUCGGGCGUCAUCGAUAACGUCCCUCUCGACAAGAUCAACGGCUACUUCCACGGUGUCAACCCCGAGCGCACCAGCUGGUCUGCGCUCGCGCCGGCCGUCCAGGAGUACUACGGCGACAGGAUCCAGAAGAUUGUGCCGCUGGACGAGUGGCUCGAGGCGCUGGAGAAGAGCCAGGAGAAGGCCGAGGACGUGACGCGCAACCCGGGCAUCAAGCUCAUUGACACGUACAGGACCUGGUCGGAGGGGUACAAGAAGGGAACCAAGUUUGUGCCGCUCGACAUGACGAGGACGAAGGAGUACUCCAAGACGAUGAGGGAGAUGCACGCCGUGACUCGGGAGUUGAUGAAGAACUGGUGCAGGCAGUGGAACUUUUGA